UAAAAACGUUUAAGAGAGGUAGUGGAGGGGUGUGGGUGGGGGGUAGGGAGGGAGAAAAAUCUGAGCAAUAUUUCUAUUGGGAGGGCGGGCUGGACACGCAGAGAACAAUCGGCUCGACUUUGCCAAGGAGCCACCUCAAAGGGUAUCGGGUUACGCUGAGUGACAGCGUAACCAUGGCAAAUAAUUUGACUGAGGCUAUUGUCUUAUCCUCACCAUCCCCGGGUCAGAUAACCGACCAAUCAGAGUUCAUAUAAUCGCUCGUCUUGCCAGCUUAGAAUAAUAUUAUUAAAACGAGCCAGCGAGUCUGCUCUCCGGGAGUAGUUUAUGUAGAAACGGCGCAGAAAAGGUGGAGGCGGACGAAGGAAGGAGUUCCACAUUUCUUUCCCUCUGUGUGUGUGUGUUUUGCCGCAACUUUCACGAGGAACUGUCGCCCGGGGAUCUGCAUGGCUCAGUGGGCACUGAAGCUGGAUAUCCCCCCUAACCCUUGAGUCGUAAUAAGGCUGCUCUUCUGGGACUGUUUUUUGUUUUGUUUUGUUUUGUUUGUUUUUUUGCUUCUUUAUUUUUUCUUAAUUUUUUUUUUUCUUGACACUUGUGGACUUACUGCGUGUCGCUUUAAUGAGAUACUGAGACGAGAGACGUGGAAGUGAGGCACUAUCUAAUCUGCGCUGGUCUGCGGCUGUCGCCAUGUCCAUGCUCCCGACGUUUGGUUUCACGCAGGAGCAAGUCGCGUGUGUCUGCGAGGUCCUCCAGCAAGGGGGGAACAUCGAGCGGCUGGGACGCUUCCUCUGGUCCCUGCCGGCCUGCGAGCACCUCCACAAGAACGAGAGCGUCCUCAAGGCGAAAGCCGUGGUCGCCUUCCACCGGGGCAACUUCCGAGAGCUCUACAAGAUCCUGGAGAGCCACCAGUUCUCGCCGCACAACCACCCGAAGCUGCAGCAGCUGUGGCUCAAGGCGCACUACAUCGAGGCGGAGAAGCUGCGGGGCCGCCCGCUAGGGGCCGUGGGGAAGUACCGCGUCCGGAGAAAGUUCCCGCUGCCCCGCUCCAUCUGGGACGGAGAGGAGACGAGCUACUGCUUCAAGGAGAAGAGCCGGAGCGUGCUGCGGGAGUGGUACACCCACAACCCGUACCCGUCCCCGCGGGAAAAGAGGGAGCUGGCCGAGGCCACGGGACUCACCACCACGCAGGUCAGCAACUGGUUCAAGAACCGGCGGCAGAGAGACCGGGCGGCGGAGGCGAAGGAGAGAGAAAACAGCGAGAACUCCAACAGCAACAGUCACAACCCACUAUCUUCUUCCAUGAACGGAAAUAAAACUCUUUUGGGGAGCUCGGACGACGACAAAACGCCUUCGGGGACACCGGAUCACACGUCGCCGAGCCCGGCCCUGCUCUUGGGCUCGAACGCCGGCUUACCGUCCCUGCACGGCCUUGCGCCCCCUCCGGGACCCAGCGCGAUCCCGGUGCCCGGUGGCGCAGACUCGGUGCACCAUCACCACUCGGUGCACCAUGACACUAUACUAAACUCUAUGUCUUCUAACCUCGUGGACCUCGGCUCUUAAA